AUGGCAGCAGCAGCAGCAGCAGCAGCAGAAGCAACAUCUGAUGCAGCACCAAUAGCAGCAAUAGUAGCAGUAGCAGCACCAGCAGCAGCAGAAGCAACAGCAGCAGCAGCACCUGUAGAAGCAGCAGCAGCAGCAACACCUAUAGAAGCAGCAGCAGCAGCAGCAGCAGCAGCAGCAGCAGCAGCAGCAGCAGCAUUGCUGUACAGUGCAGCAGCAGAUGAAGACGAUGAAGAGGAGACAGCAGCAGCAGCAGCAGCAGCAGCAGCAGAUCACAAAGCAGAAGAAUUAGCUUUUCUAGAGGCGCUGCAACUGCAGCAGCAGCAGCAGCAGCAACUGCAGCAGCAGCAGCAGCAGCAGCAGCAGCAAACACUCCCCGGACUGAGAGAGAUAGAGAUGCAGCAAAAGAAAGAACUGCUGCCGCUAGAACCACCCACACUUGAAGACAUUCAGCAGCAGCAGGAGAGAAGAGAAAGAGAAGGAAGAGGUAACUAG